AUGACUUUAAUUCCGCCGGCGAGGUCAGCUGCUGUGGCGCUCCCUGCGAAUUCUCCAGGUCUACGGGGCCAACACCGAGGUCGGCAAGACAGUGGUGAUCACUAUUCUCUGCAGAAGGUGCUCACAGGCUCUGCGGCAGAUGAAGAGACAUCUUAUUUGAAGCCUGUCUCAACAGGAGCGGCUCUCAGACGCCGACGACUUGUCAGAACGCUGUUUCAAUAUGAACUGGCCGUCAGCCCUCACAUUGCGGCUCAAGCCUCGGGCCAGCCAAUUGUCGCCGAUAAAAUGGUAUUAGCAGAGAUUUCAAAAUCUGCAGCGCGCCAGGUGUCCCGUGGUCCCGGAUGGCUCUUUGUCGAAACAGCGGGAGGUGUGCACUCCCCAGCCCCAUCAGGCUCAACUCAAGCAGACUUGUACCGGCCACUCAGGCUCCCUGUCGUUCUCGUUGGCGAUAGCAAACUCGGCGGUAUCUCGCAAACCAUCUCGGCGUUCGAAUCACUCAAGCUCCGUGGCUACGACGUCGAAAUGGUGCUGCUCUUCCGGGAAGGGCAGUUCCAAAACCACCAAUACCUUGCCGAAUACUUCAAAGACCAACAUAACAUCCCCGUCAUGACAUUUCCCGAGCCUCCAAACCGCAUCCGCGGGGACACAACCGCGGACGCCGCGGCAAUGUCACGGUACUACGAGCACAACAGUGGCAACGACAGCAACUUGCACGACAUCCUAAAACACUUAGACACCCGCCACAACAACCGCAUAUCCCGUCUCGAGUCCAUGAGCACCAAAGCCUCUCUCAACAAUCUGGUACCUCUUCACCCAACUGAAGGACCUCACUGCCGCCUAAAUCACCACCAUGCGACUCCGUUCACGGUGACCUGGUCGAAAACUCGCACUCGCAGUAGUAUCUCCAACAUCUUGUGGAGAGUCCAUGAUGGGAAACUGUGA